UCAGUGGAAAAAGUAAAUAUACUUUCUCAUAAAAAUAAAAUAAAUAUUGUCGAAGCUAAGAGAAAUUUUAAAACAAGAGAUCAAAUUUUAAAGGAAAAUUUAGAAAAGCUGAAAUUAAUAAAGGAAGCAAGUAAAGUCACAUUAGAUAAGGAAACUAUAAAUCAAAUUAUCGAGAGAGCAGUUACAAAAAGGCCAGUGAAAAAGGUGAAGAAACAGAAGAAAGAUAACAGCAAAACUGCUUUUACGGAGGAAGACUUUAAGAAAUUUGAGGAAGAAUAUUUUGACGACUAAACGCAAUGCACUUAUCAGAUCGUUUCCUGGGAACGAUAGAACUUGGAUUGAGCGUCGGUACACUAUUAUAUUUAUUUUUCCUGUUAAUGUUGUUACCGAUUUUACCGGUUACAGAAAAUAUUUUUGAGGCGUAUACACCUCCACAGAUGAUAUUACUCGGUAGUGGAAUUUUUGGCUUAGUUUUUAUUGGAAGUUUAUCUAUUUUUACAUUCAUUAUCUUACACAAAGAAAAAUGUAGAUCAACUAGGAAUUAAUAAAUUUUAUCAAAACAUUA